CCGCAGCAAACCAAAAUUAUCCCAUUUCCUUCAUUUGACUGGACUAAUCUGGCGUUUGUUAGUUUACCCGGAGCCUUCAAUUCUAAAUGAGUCAACACCUCUAUGACCUCGACUUAAGCCACCCUCGAGCUACGGAAAUUCUUUAGAAUUGAUAAAUAGACAUUUGAUUAUUUAUCACUAAUAAAAAUGCAAAAUGACAUGAUUUAUGUUUGUGCGCCAAGCUACGAGACGUAUUGUUUCUGCGCGUAUUAUAGCUGUAGUUCAACAGUAAUUGUUGUAGUUGUCAGCAAAUCACGAUUCUUUUUUUAAAUUUAUAAAUAGACGUUUAAACCCUGAAAAGAUAUGCGUUUGACAUCUAGCUGCCAUUAAAUCUUCAAAUUGCCGUGACUUUAUUAUUUAAAGUAAGUUAGAAACUUUAUGACCUUGGCUUAAACUACCUUUAUAACAGAGCGAGGAGAAGUUGGAUCUUUCUAGAUUUCUGUUUAUUUACCAACAUGGGCUCCUUGGUACCUCGGAAGAAAGAGUCGAUUUUACCCAAAACUGCUCGAUAGUAAUACUGAGCAAACUCUGCCCUUUUGACUCCUCAGGUAUGCCAACAAUUUAUGCUAUUUUCAACGACGAGCAAUAGAAAUUCUAAUUUCAAAGAUAAAAUUAUGGUAAAAUACACGAAUAAAGAUUACGAAAAUAUGAUACAAUGUUACAAGGCUUGUGAUCAUAAUUCGGUUAAAGCGUCAGCAAUGUACCGAAAAUUAUAUCCAAAUUGUGGAUCACCGUCUCCCAGAACAAUUCUAUUAGCGAUGAAUCGACAGAGAACAACCGGAAAUGUGACAGUAGUGCGUGAAUAUGUCGAGACACCGUCAAAAGUACGAGAACAGAGGAUAGAAAAAGUUUUGGCAGCGUAUGAGUCGUCAGAUAAUAUCAGUGGAAAUGAAAUUGCUAAACAAGUGGGUGUGCCGAAAUCCACGACGCAUACAAUUUUGAAAAAAAAGAAAGAUUCGAAAAAACUAAGGGAAAAUGAAGGAGACGGAUGUUUGAUAGAUCUACAAAGAGAAGGGAGUUCGCACCAUAAUUCAAGGAUACAAAGAAAUGCAGAUAGUGAAACGGUUGAUCUGGAUGAUCCAACGUGGAUGCCCGAAACAUAAAUAGUUGAUAAUUUAUAAAAUACGAUUUUUUUUUAAAUAACAAUAGUUUAGCUUAUUUUAUAAAAAUUAUAAAAACAAUGUGAGUCAUGAUUUUCUACGUGAGUGCCAAGAAAAUUAUGUUGUUAUUUGUGAGCAUAGUACUGAGUGCACCAUUCAUUGAGUCAUUAAACGCUUGAUAUAAAUGAAAAAAUUAAACUAAAAAUUCUGUUUGAAAUUAAAGUUAUCAAUUAGAGCUCUUCGAAUAAAAUAAUCUUUGUUAUAAAAUUGCGAGUUGACAAUUUAUGCAUGAGCACCGAGUAAAAAGUGGUGUA